CAUACGUACAAAGCCAUGGACGCUCACUUACCGAUGCAGAGGCUAACGCCAGCUUUUACUGUCCUAAAGGCUUUUUUUCACAUCCCGCCGCCUCAGCUGCCCAGCACCACUCACUCUGGCCCCCCUCACUCCUGUGCUGGCUGCCUCCCGGAUCCCCCAGCCUCCUUCUCCCCCGGCAACACAGCCAGCUGUCCGGGACUCGCUGCAGGCAUCACCAACAGGAGGCUAAUACCAACAGACGCCGACGUUACCAGCAACCCUGAGCCCAUUAAACCAUAUGAGAAAAAUGAAAAGCUGUUCCUCCACUGCUCCUUCAAUCAGUACAGCUGGAAAAAGGACGACAGCGAUCUAGGUUUGGAAUUUAAUAAUACAGACCUGGACUUGGGCUCUCUGUGGAAUGAUCCUCGCGGAGUCUACUCCUGCUGGGAUGCAGCACCUGACCCGAGAGCACCGCAAUAUAUCCAUGUGCACGUGAGAAAGUGCCAGAACUGCAUAGAGCUGGACACCGGAACUAUCUCCGGAUUCCUUGUGGCUGAUGUCAUUAUGAUUGGUCUUAUUGCCAUGGCUGUAUAUUUUGUUUCCGGCGUGGAGACCCGCAGACCUGGACGAGCUUCUGACAAACAAAAUCUGAUUGAGAACGAUGGUGCCUAUCAGGCUCUGGGACCCCGUAACGAAGACCCGUACAGCCAGCCAGCCCCACGCAUGAAGACAGGUGCUUUCUAACAAGGACUGAGCGCCAACAAAGAGCAGCAACUGUUUAUUGUGUAACAUGACGUCACUCAGGAGAAGUGCUGUCUGUGGCACAAGUUAGAGGGUAUGGUCUUGGAAAAUGUGAUGUGUAUUUGUCUUUCUUCGCUAAAUAAAAGCAUGAGAACAACGGAAA